GAUAAGCUUAGAAAGCAUUCUGGCGACCUUCAGGACUGCGGGGUUUGGGCAUAGCUCUUUCUUCACCUCACUUCACCUCAGCCCAUUGUCAGACCAGGGGAGGUUGCGGUUGAUGUGAUAUCCCGGGGAUUCUCGCCGUUGUUUUCGAGAUGGACGCGGACAUUUGGUUCCGGGAAUGGGCGUCAAAAAAGGGCCAGAAGCUAUCGAAUAUACAAAUAGAACGGCUUGUCACUCUUACAAAACAAUGGAAAAACACUGUUACAUCUGAUACUUUGGGCGUUUGGACCUCAGACCCUUCGGCUGAAUUCUGGGGAUUUGAACCUUACCGUACAGAGGGCGCGUGGGUACGGGAAUGUCUGGAGAUCAAAGUCCCAACAUUCAUGGACGGUGACAAAAACACUGACGACUGUGAGAAAGUCUCUGCACGCCGCAGGGUCCUUCUUAUUAUUCUUCAUGACAUCAUUCAAAGGGAAAUACUGCGAUUGCGAGCAUCUUCCCAGGCCCAGUCAGUCAAGUUUCUUACCGCAGCUGUCAGAAAUAUUGUGGCACAAGCUUAUCCUGGAAAGGAUAUCAAGAAGUUAUGUAAUAAAUGUAUCCAUCUUCAAAGGUAUGGGCAAAGGUAUUCGUCACUGGCGAGAAAAGAGUUGGUAUUAACCCCCCUGCAAGCUACUUCAUCUAAGUUUGAAAGGGCUAAGAUAGAAAAUAUUGAGAUGGAGGCGCUUGUUGCGUUCGGGGAAGCGACCUAUGAUAAAAAGCAUCAAAAUGAUAUGCAGGAGGCAUUUUUAUGCAUUCUAAAUACCUGUCCAUUUAGACAAUCUGGAAAUUCGAAGCCGCGGCUUCCCUCAAAAUCGACACGAAAGCGCCUCCGGAAAAAGGCCGCAAGAAUGAAGCAUAUACAGAAACCUUCAGCGUCUCCGACUACCUCUCGCCACAAUGAAAACCAAGUCAUCCAGAAUUUCCCCACACCGCGACAUGACACUUUCAGCUCCCUAGAAAAACCGCCGGGCUCGAGUAGAAACUCUACUGCGCACCUUAGCGAAGCUCAGAAUGCAGCUUUGGUUAGAACGCAACCAUCACAGCUACAAGAGGAAAACCAGACUCGAGAAACAUGCGAAAACUCUCCCAUGCCUUGUGUCCCCGUACAGCUUUAUUCUCCUGGUGAUAAUCUUUCACUUGGUGAGAAUAUGCUGUUCAUCUCUCGGAGUGCGACGAAUCCCUUUGAUCCUCACCAGGGUAUCCAUCCGCUUAGUGAUAACAUACUGUUCCACUCUCAAAAUACAGUAAAUUUCUUUGACCCUCAUCAGGGCAUCCAUCCGCUUGGUGACGAUAUACAGUUCAGCUCUGAAAAUGCGGCAAACUUCUUUGAUCCUCAUCAGGGUAUCCAUCCGCUUGGUGAUAAUAUGCUGUUCAGCUCUGGAAAUAUGGCAAAUCCCUUUGAUCCUUAUCAGGGUAUCCAUCCACUUAGUGAUGAUAUUCUGCCCAGCUCUCAAAACACGGCAAAUUCCUUUGAUCCUCAGCAGGGUGUCCAUCCGCUUCGUGAUAAUAUGCUGCUCAGCUCUCAAAACACGGCAAAUCCCUUUGAUCCUUAUCAGGGUAUCCACCCACUUAGUGGUGAUAUUCUGCCCAGCUCUCAAAACACGGCAAAUCUCUUUGAUCCUCAGCAGGGUGUCCAUCCGCUUGAGGGAAUUAUUCAGUCCAAUACUGAGAGCCUAGUGUAUCCCUUUGAUCCCACCACAUAGGAUCCCAAAAUAGGAAGACCGGUCCUCAGCACUGAGAAUUUGUCAACAUACGGGAUAAGUUUCCUACAGACAUUGAUGCCACCAUCUGACUCUGCGAAGCAGUCUUAGACCAGGAAAUACUGCAAAUCAGCAAGUGUUGCGUGUAAAAUAAAAAGGAGAUUUCCUCUAAUAUCUCCAGUCACCUCUCGUUUUGUCAUAACUGUCAU